CUAGUAUAGGUAUUUUCGUAGUUUGAUCUGAAUCACCGAAAAUGGAAAGGAGGAAACCUUUUUGGUGGAUCAUCCCUAUUCUUAAUCUUCUCUUUUGUUUACGUGUAACGAUUCCAACUUCAGAUGAUCUCUCUCUAUAUAUGAGUUACACUGAAAAAGAGUCUUUAAAGUAGUUCUAUGGUUUAUUUCUUGAGCAAGAAGAAACAGAACACCAUUAAAUGUCCGCAAAGAGGAAGGAGCUUCUGUCCUUAGCCAUGGAGAGAACUAGUGAAUGGAUUUCAUCUCAAGAGAUUCCAAGUGAUAUCACUGUUCACAUAGGAGACACGUCCUUUUCCCUCCAUAAGAUUCUUCUGUCAAAAUGUGGGUUUAUAAAGAAACUUACUUCCGAGUCAAGCAACGAUUCCAACAUCACCGUUAUCAAGAUCCCAGAUUUUCCAGGAGGUGCAGAAGCAUUCGACCUAGCCAUCAAAUCUUGCUACGGAAUAAACCUAGAGAUGAACGCAGAAAACAUCGCCAUGCUGCGUUGCGCAGCAGAGUAUCUUGACAUGACAGAGGAACAUUCUGUUGCAAACCUUGUGGAGACAACUGAGGUUUACUUAAACGAAGUGAUCCUCAAGAGUUUACCGAGUUCAGUUAAAGUUCUACAAAGAUCUGAGGGUUUGGUUCCUAUGGCUGAGAGAGUGAAGCUUGUGAGCCGGUGCAUAGAUGCAAUAGCUUAUGUAACUUGUCAGGAGAGCCAAAACAAGGAGGAUGUAGUUGACUUGUGGGCUGAGGAUUUAUCUGUUCUAAGGAUUGAUAUGUUUCAACGUGUCUUGAUAGCAAUGAUGGCUAGAGGGUUUAAGCAACACACACUUGGUCCAGUGCUUAUGCUAUAUGCUCAAAAAGCUCUUCGAGGGUUGGAGAUAUCUGGAAGAGGGGCCAAGAAGAUUGAGGUGGAACAAGAACAGGAGAAAAGAGUGAUUCUUGAAACAAUAGUGAGCCUUCUUCCAAGGGGGAGAAACGCAGUUUCAGUGAGCUUUCUUUCAAUGCUUUUAAGAGCUGCGUUGCACCUCGAAACCACAGUAGCUUGUAGGCUUGAUUUGGAGAAGAGAAUGGGAUUACAUUUAAGACAAGCCGUGCUUGAUGAUCUAUUGAUUCCCUCGUUCAAUGGAGACAACACUAUGUUUGAUGUGGACACUGUUCAACGCAUCCUCAUGAACUAUCUCGAGUUUGAAGUUGAAGGAAACACUGUUGAUUUUGCUACUGAUAUUGGUGAACUCAUGGAGUCUUAUCUUGCUGAAGUCGCUUCUGAUAGAAACAUAAACUUGGUGAAGUUCAUGGGCAUAGCAGAAUGCAUUCCAGAGCAGUCUAGGAUAACAGAUGAUGGCAUAUAUCGAGCCAUUGACAUGUACCUCAAGGUGCAUCCAAAUAUAAGUGAAGUGGAGAAGAAGAAAAUAUGCAGCUUAAUGAACAGCCAAAAGCUAUCGCAAGAAGCUUGUGCUCACGUAGCACAAAACAAACGUCUCCCUGUACAUAUAGUAGCCCAAGUUCUGCACCAAGAGCAACAAAGUCUCCGCCAAGUUUUGUGUGACUCAGAUUCUCCAGUAGCCGCAACCGCAAUUGCACCAGAAAGUCCUCCUCCUCCUACGCUAAGCUCCUACAACAAUGAGCUAUCCAAACUAAACCGGGAAAACCAAGACUUGAAGCUCGAGUUGCUCAAAGUGAAAAUGACGUUGAAGGAACUGGAGAGGGAGAAAGAUUUUGAAAUCAAGAGUUGUUCGGAUUGUUCUUCGGUUUCAACUGCUUCGGUGGUUAAGUCUCCAUUACGGAGAAAGUCAUUUAUAAGUUCCGUUUCUCGGAAGCUUGGAAAGCUUAACCCUUUUGGCCACACACAAGGACGAACCAUGACGCGUAAAGGCCGAAGACAUUCUAUAUCUUAGAGACAAUAAACACUUGUUCUUGUUGAUGUUUUUUUCAGUUCCUGUUUUAAAAGGAGGUUUUUCUGUAUCAACAUGUUUCAUUGUAUAAGGAGAGCAUGCCGAGAACAUCUAUUGAGUUUCUGUGUUUGGUGUAAUCCUAAAUAUUAGGGUCAUGCAAUGCAUAUGUAACGCAUCUUCCAGCUUCUACUCAAUUUUUUUCAUUCCCAAGC